CAAUAAAUACUUGGACUCCGUGAACUAUAUUACACGGUGUUUGCACAGCUAGCAGCAGAUCUCACUGAUCCGCCAAGUGGAGAACAGAGCAAGCAGGAAACCCUGAACAGGAAACCUCAGAAUUUCCGCCCAUACGAUGCGAGAAACAGCUCUUUUGAACUCCUUGCUAGGAACAAUGGAUGGGCAUAGCGCGGAAGAGCUCCACUCUACGAUAUGCGGGACUUACCAGAAUAUUCUUGAUUUAUCGCCGGUUUUAAAAGAAGUAGCCGCAGCCUCAAAGCAGUAUUAUAAAUCUCUUCAGAACGUGUCUAGUUCUUCAUUAGCAUUUCAACAAGCCUUAGCAAAACUCUCUCAAAUGGCUAGCUCGUCCAAAGGACCUGCUAAACCUCUUGGUCUCGCUCUCGAGGAGAUCGUCACUACUCAUAGAGAUGUGGAGGCUCGAAGAGCAGACAUCUUAAAGUUUAUGUGGAAUGACUUUGUAAUCCCACUAGAUUCGUUAGUGGAAUCUGAUCAGAUAUAUGUUAAGUCUGUACAGAAGAAUUACCAACAGGAUAAUAAGACACAAACAGAGUGUGUUGAAAAGGCAAAGAAUGAACUCCUCAAGAUUCGCAAAAAAAGUCAGAGAAAGAAACCGACUGAGAAAUACGAAGAGAAAGAGAAACAGUGCGAAGAGCAGCUGACGAUAUUCCAGAAACAGCUAGAGAUGUUCAGAAGAGAAGCUUGUACAAAGUCUUUAUCAGAAGAGUGGAAACGUUAUUGUUUCGUCGUCGACAGAGCUAGCAUAGUCCUGAAAAGCUGUAUGGAUUUCUAUGAUCACAAUGCUGCCAUGCUUCUGGAAAAAAUACCGAAAUGGUUCGCUUUAGUCAAGAAAAAGCCGGAAGGACAGGCUAAUACCGUUACUGGGAAUAACAAUCUUGGACCAGCCAUGCAGAGCAAAGUGAAGUUACAGGCGAUAUUUAAACACGAGGCAGCCGAGGCAUCUCAACUCAGCUUCAAAGAGGGUGAUAUCAUCGAGCCUGUUAGUGACGUUGUGGCAGGGUGGCAAUAUGGCGAGAACCUCAAAACGCAGAAGUCGGGCUGGUUUCCGGCGGCGUACACCCAGGAGAUAAUCGCCGUCGCAACAGGAUCAUCUGUCAGUCAGACCAUGCCAGUCAGCGGUGUUCAUUCUCGCCCCGUAUUUGACUCGGGUCCAGGCCACAGGUCACUCAAGCGGUUCGCUAGCGAAGGACCCGCCACGAUGGCCUUGCCCUUGCCUGAUUAUGGGGACGCCCAGACGACGAAUGAAAUCGCAGCAAACGGAGAGACCUCUGGACCCAGUGAACCUGAAUCAUCCAACAAGUCAUCCGAGCCAGACAGUACCCCAGCAACAAAUGCGCCUCCAAGUGAUUCCCCUUCCACCACUACUCAUACCGCGCCUCAGCCGCCCACACCCACCACGCCGAAGACGCAUCCUCAACUGGGACCGCCUCCUCCGCCGCCACCUCCUCCCCCUACGCCACCCCCUGAUGAGGACAAUUCAGACAAAACCAGCCCAUUUGCGAACGUGACGCUAAAGAAGACAGAGACUAGCGACCGAUCUGCCCCUCAACUCGUCUAGACCAAUCCAAGACGUCCAUACAUCCGACCAUUAGGGAAAAGACCAAUCAAAAACGUCCAUACAUCUGACCAUAUUAGGAAUAAGACCAAUCCGAGAUGUCCAUAAAUCCGACCGUUAGAGAUACCACCAAUCAAAGACUUCCACAUAACCAAGCAAUCGGAUAUGAGAAUACAAUUAGUCCAUAAAAAUGGUCACACAAAAGAAACACGGGGUUACAUGAGGAUUCUUUUGACCAAUCACAGGGACGUUAUUUGACCACUUGGCUGUGUGGCCAAUCACCAGAGCCAGGAAUUCAUGUGGCUUCAUUGGACCAAUCAGAAAUGUGGUAACAUGGAAAGUUAUCCGACCAAUCAGAGUAGUAGUUUACUUCUCCCCCAGUAGAUAAUGCCGUUUUAUUCAAUUUCCCAUGGUCCA